ACCAUCGGUGGCGGAGGAAGCACCCAUUCACCCCCAAUAGAAAAGGUACUUCACAAAAAGAAAGAGAGAGAGAGAUGAUCCAAUCAAGUGGCCUAGUGGUAGUCCUGCUCUGCCUUUCUGUACUCCUAGGAGGCUGCCAGGCAGGCCUCAAGAGCCGCAUCUUGGGCGGAGACGAGGCUGGCCCCACCGACACUCCCUAUGCCGCCUCUCUGCGGGUGGACAAUGCGCAUGUGUGCGGCGCAAGCAUCGUGUCCGCGACAAAAUUGGUGACCACGGCCCACUGUCUGUACCGCGAUGGAAAGCUGAUCGAACCCAGCCGCCUGACGUGCCGCGUGGGCAGCACCAAUCAGUAUGCCGGUGGAAAGGUUGUCUACGUCGAGUCGGUCACCGUGCACCCGGACUUCUACCAGCUGCAGAACAAUGUGGCCGUGAUCACCCUCACCUCCGCUCUGGCCUUUACCGACCGCAUCAUGGCCGUGGAGCUUGCCAGCGGCGAUGAUGACUUGCCCGCGCAGGGCUCCGUCGUCAGCGUCGCCGGCUGGGGACGCACCGUGGAGGGCAGCAACUCCUACAAGAUCCGCGAGCUCACGCUCACCGUCGCCGAGGAGGCGGUCUGCCUGGACGCCUACAGCGCCCACGACAAGACCAGCUUCUGCCUGGCCCACGAGCUCAAGCAGGGCACCUGCCACGGCGACGGGGGCAGUGGAGCCGUCUACAACAACAAGCUUAUUGGACUGACCAACUUUGUGGUGGGUGCCUGCGGCUCCCGCUAUCCGGACGUGUUCGUGCGGGUGUCCAGCUUCUACGAGUGGCUGCAGCCGCUGAUCGCCUAGAUCCCUAAUCCCUUAGCAAUAUUAUACUACCUCAUGGCUCUGGGGCCCAACUAA